CUUUACCUGCUCUAAGGUUUGGUGGGGGAACUGAUCCGAAAUCGGAAGAACACGGUUCAAUCAGUUUGUUCAGAACGUAAGACCGACGGUCAUUCUUUACGCACAAAUUUUUGGCUUUGCGCAAGUGUUGGAACAAAGCUAGUGUCAACCGAUCUGAGUUUGAGGUUAUGUUAUGGGUUUUUAUGAUGUUUUGAUGAAAAGUAGUUGUUUGUAAAUUUUUAUUCAUUUUCCAUUUUAAUUUGAAAAAAUGAACAAAUCCAAUGAGUUACAACCAGAUACUUAUUUUUUGAGUCUCAACAAACAUGGACAAAAAAUUUGUACCUCACAAUCGGACCCGACCAAAAAGUAUGUACUAGAUGACCAUGGGUUUAUGACUGAAUAUUUGAGUAAAUCUGAAAAUGAUGAUGAGGACCAACCUCAAGCUGAUGAAAACAGCUUAAGUAAAGAUUCAGAAACAGACACUAUAAACCAUCUUGGUGAUCCAUCUCAACUUGGUAUGAUGCAUUUGGAUACUGCCCAAGAUUUCGAAGAAAAGCUCAUGAACCAAUUAGACUCCGACAUAAUGAUGAACAUAGACGUAAAUCCAUCUUGCCAUUAUUUCAUGGAACAUAUGGAUAUCAGAGAUCCAUUGUCAAAACUCAAAAAGAUUCUUGAGAAGAAACUCAAUACAAAAUUAAAUAAUUUUAAAUUUACAUUACAGGAUACACAAAUUCUUGAAGAUCAUAAAAAUUUGGUGGACCAAUGUGUGCAAGGCAAAGGCAUUGUUCAAGUGAAUAUUUAUGUAUUAUUGGCCAGUAAGAGAAUCAAUAUAAUGGAUGUAUUAAAACCAGCCGAUGAUUAUGUUCAUAAAGAAGUAGAAGAAGAACCUGAAACAGAAGAACCCAUCAAUCUGGACAGUGAAAAUGAAGAAGUAACUGAACCAGUUGAUAAAAAUAAAAAAAUUGUCCAGUGGCAAGUUGACACGCAAUACAAGAAAGUACAAGAAAAAUUGAACAUACCAUUGGAUCCAGUGCAAUGGAAUCGUUCGCACGUAAAGCACUGGCUACAGUGGGCUGUGCGAAAAUUUGAUUUGUUAAAUUUAAAACUUAGCGACUGGGAUUUCGACGGUCAAAAAUUGUAUGAAUUGACGUUGCACGAUUUUAAAAAAUUGGUGCCUAAUGAUCCUGGGGAUAUUUUUUGGACGCAUUUGGAACUUUUAAGAAGGAUGAAAUUAGUCGCCAUUAAAAGAACCAAUUCUGAUCCACUAAUGGAAGAAAGUCCACCUACGAAAAAACCAAUAGCUGAAUCAGACACAAGAUCCGGAACAUAUCAUCAUCAUUCCAUUCAUUCCACACACAGUUGUCCUGUAGCAGGGAAUAGAUUUGGUAACAAUGGCCAAAUACAAUUAUGGCAGUUUCUUCUUGAAUUAUUGACCAGCAGAGAGUAUCACUCUAUAAUUCAAUGGACAGGUAAUGGUUCAGAGUUCAGGUUAUGUCAGCCUGAUUUGGUGGCUCAGUUAUGGGGAGACCGGAAAAAUAAGCCAUUAAUGAACUAUGAAAAACUAUCGAGAGCCUUGCGCUACUAUUACGACGGCGAUAUGAUAUCUAAAGUGCCUGGGAGACGAUUCGUUUAUAAAUUUGUGUGCGAUUUGAAGCAAAUGUUAGGAUAUAACGCUAUGGAGCUGGCGAAUUUGGUGAAAUAUGGAAAUCCAAUGAUUUGAGUCGAGCAUAAUAAUUAUAUUGUUGAUGACUUAUUGUUAGUUUGAGAAAUUAAGGAUUUGUUUGAAAAGAUGAAUAUUGUAGUACUUUUUUAAGUGUUUUUUAUAUUUGAUUUAUAGAAAAAAUAUGACAUUUUGCUGCUGAUAAUGAAAACACAACAUUAUUAUUUAUAUAUGAUAUUGUGAAUCAGCAAAAUAUUAUAUUGAUGACAAAACUUGUUUAUUGUUAAUCAUAAACUGAUCGCCUUAAGUAUUCUUAAAUACUCAUUGCAAAUUUCAAUAAAAUUACUUUUUGGGUUUAACUAUUAAAUAUUUUCAUUUUUGUUGAACUUUAUAACAAUCGUUUUAUUCAAAUCAUGUUCAUUCACAGAAUUUAAAUAUUGAUUUUGUUUUAAUUAGCAACGAGAUGAACCUGUGAAGAGGAAUUAAGAAGAAAAGUGGAAAGAAAAUUAAAGGCCUUUAGCAUAGUGAUUGAGUUGAGAUGAUAACUUUUCUUUGAAUCUCAACUUAUUUUGGAAUGUGACUUGCAGAAGAUUAUUGUUCUGGAAUCAGAUGAAGUUAUAAAGAUUUAUUUUUUUGUCAAGUGUGGAAUUUGGGAAACUGGUCUUUUAAGGCCUGUGGUUGUUUUCCAAAGGGAAUAAUCAGUGUUUUUGUUGUCAGUGGGGAAUUGUUAAUAGAUUCAUUUUUAAUUUCUUGAAUUCCACACCUUAUGCGUUGCAUCAUAUUGUUGAGAAUUGUUUUGUCAUGGGGAUUACAAAAUAUUUAAAAAUUUACAUUUCGAAAAUUUAAUACGUGUGUUUCAAUAGUCUGGGAACGGUCAAAUAUAUCCAGAGCGGCUUGAAAAAAAAUUACGAAAUUUUCUGCAGAGGGGUAAUUAUUUGAUUCCCGAUUCACUGAUGACAUCGACAAUGUUGCCAAGUUUGCCGCUUUUCCGAUAAUGUAGGCAAAUUCGUUUUUUCAAAUAGUUACACCACUUUAUUUUCAAUGCAAUAAAUUCGACGCUCUACUGUUGGAGAAACCUACAAAUAUCCUGUCCCUAUUUUACGCGGAUUCUGAAAUAUGGCACCAUAGCCUUCUUGUUCAAAUAUCUGGGAACGAUCAAAUAUUUCCAGGGUCCUUAUUCUUGAAACAGGGGAGCAGCGUUCCCAGGAGAACGAGUGUUCCGUCCUUGUUACUUAUAUUAUAAGUUGCAUAGCAUUGACAAAAACGAACACUCAUUCUUCUGGGAACGCUGCUCCCCUGUUCAAGAAUACGGACUCUGAACGGUGUAAUGACCCGGGAAAAUAGACCCGUAAUUUACAAUGUCUCAACAAUAAAAAUUACGUAAAUGUAAUCAAAUAAUUAAAAAUUGAAUCUCCAAUAUUUCAAAUCAGUAUCAAUAAAACUGGAAAAUGAUGAGACAAAUUAGCGUUGACCCCAAAUUAAUUAAAAUAUUUAAAAUACGUUCAAUUUCUAAUCGCCAGUCAUCACGCGUGUGCCAUCAAGUUAGUUGAGCUCAUCAAUCAAAACCCGGAAAAGAUUAAAUACAAGGUUAGGUACCUGAUUAAUAUUAGGUCCCAAAAUGACAGAAAUUUCAAAAAAUCGUAUAAUUUAUUGCCGGCACGAGUUCGGCUUUUCCUUGAAUUAAGUGUCCUCUACAUUGUUUCCCAUUUUGUUGACCCCAAAUAAUCAUAGAAUUUCGACACAGAUUUCGUCAUCAUCCAAUGAGCAAGUUAUAUUUUUUGGAUUAAUAUCUAGGUCGACCAAUAGAAUUGAAUUACAGAUGGUCAAAGACCGCCCAUAUUGUCGAUUCUAUAGUGGGUAAAUAAUAAUAUAAAAGGGGCGAUCAUUUAAGUAGAGGGCAAUUUCCAAUAAUUUAUUGUGAAUUAGACUUAAUAAUUAGUAGUAUUCAGAAGUGGCGAAUUCUCUCCAGUAUAAAAAGUCGGGCCUCGGAAAAAGUAAAAACUACAGUAAAUAACUCGAAUUAAGAAAGAAGUAAACCUUUCAGUUUUUAUGAGCGUGCUCUAGCUAUUUUGUAGUGAACAAUAGUUAGAAUAAUUAAGUCACUUUAAGCGCGAUUAUUUAAAUGUGAGUACUCUAGUGACAAGUUUUAUUUUGACUUUAUCAAUGUUGAAAUGACUAUGAAGUGAAUUGACUAUGAAACUUUAUUGCAUAAAUAUUAUUAACUUGAGUGUAUUGACUUUGAAUAUUUUUGUGCUCAGUAUAGAUAGAGAAAUUAAAAUCAAAUGACUGAAUGAAUUUAACUGAAAAGUUUGGAUAAUCGAAUUAACUGUUUUGUUCCGUCUAGAAAAUGAUUAGUUAGAUAUUUUGGUUUCUAAUUAAAUGAAUUAAGAUAAUUGUUUUGAUAGUAUUUAUUUACUCUGGCCUUUGGCUGUACAUGAUUUUUGAGUAUAAGUAAUGUACAAAAUUUGGCAGUAAGCUAUUUCAGGGAUUUUAUACGUUUAUAGAACAGGAAGUUAUAAUAAUUAAACUAAAUUAUGAAUUUUUUGAGGUAUAAAAGGUGUUUAGGAUUUAAAAAUAUUGUACCUAACCGUAGUAAGGUUAUUUGAAAGGGGUAUUAAAGCACAAGACUUUUUGAUUGCAUCAUUUGAUUAACAAGCUCAGAGACCGUGUAAAGGUGGCUGUUCGAUUGCAUCAAUUUAGGACUGUUUAUUUUUGUAUUGAAAGGUAUUGGAUUAGGGUUUAGAAAAUUUGUACCAUGGUUAUAGGAAAUUAAAAUCUGUUUAUUUUCUUAUCAAUAAAGUAUAAUUAUUAACGGAUAACCAUAUAAAUCAGUUGUUUCUUUCAAUUGCAAAUAGACCCGCCCCCACAAUUUUAUUUUUCAGUAGCUAUAGAGUACUUGGCGCGGAUGCUACAACAGCUUAAAAUGAAAUUACGAAAUUUUUUGCAGAGGGGUAAUUGUUGAUGCCCGAUUCACUGAUGUCAUCGACAAUGUUGCCAAGUUUACCGAUUUUCAAAUAAUGUAAGUAACUAUGCAAUGCAAUAGAUUCGACGCUCUACUGUUAGUAGUGAAACCUGCAAAUAUCAUGUUCCUUGGCGGAUUCUGAAAUAUGGCAACACAGCCUUUUUGUUCAAAUAUCUGCUUAAACCAACGAUAAAGGUCAAAAUCUAAUCUAACAAUUAUUAUACGGACCCCUUCUAUAGUCAUCAGUUAUUUUUACCGAAGGCGGUCCGAAUGAAAUAAUUACGCAACCGGAAGAGUCACGAGAUUCCUGACCCUUUAUAUAAACUCAUAAAUCUACACACCAAACGACAUUAAUUAAAAGGCUAACUUGUUUAAUUGUGUACACGCGCUGUCGGCGUUUUUGCACAUUUUUUUUUUUUUUUGAAAUAGAAGUAGAAUCAGCAGUUAAUUCAUAGUAAGAUAGUAGAGAACAGUAGAGAUUGGCAGUGAUUUGAGUCUCCUCCAAAAGGUUAUUUUCUUGAUCAGUUAUGAAGUUAGAAGUAAAUUCAAAUAUUUUAUUCAAUUUUUGCGUGCUAAGCAAUUAAAACAAAAAUACUGUCAUGGCUUUGGAUUGCCUGACAGAAAUCUUGGGUUGGGAACAAUACACUCUGACACUAAUUACUUUAAUAACUAACUCAACAAUUAAACUCUACAACUCAAUAAUCGCUAUUUAACUCGUA